UCGUGCAGCUGGUGAACCAGAAUAAAUGGUUGUGUCCCUAUGGGAUUUAUAUUCAUUUGAGCGAUUUUCAACUUCAUAGCAACAAUGGGAUUUGUUAAUGGGGUUUCUCAUCUGUUUCUUUUGGUUAUGACGUUGCUUUUGUUGGUCUUCCAGGCUAACUCAGGUUCAGUUGAGAGAUCAUCCUAUAUAGUCCAUAUGGACAAGGCCCACAUCCCCAAAACUUUCUCCAACCACCAUGAUUGGUAUUCCUCCAUCAUGGAUUCCUUGAAGUCGUCUGUAAACAUUAUUUCAUCCUCACCAUCUCUUAUUUACUCUUACGACAAUGUUGUUAACGGUUUCAGUGCCGUUUUAUCUCAAGAGGAACUUGAAACGUUAAAAAACUAUACAAAUUUUAUCUCAGCUUACUCAGAUAAAACUGUAACACUUGACACUACCCACACCAUUGAAUUCCUCUCCCUAAAUACGACAACCGGUCUUUGGCCCGCCUCAAAAUAUGGCGAAGAUGUCAUUGUUGGUGUCAUCGACACUGGUGUCUGGCCGGAGAGUGAUAGCUAUAAAGAUGAUGGCAUGAGUUUGAUUCCGGCCAGGUGGAAGGGUGAAUGUGAAAUUGGACAAGAGUUCAACUCCUCAUUGUGUAAUUCAAAGCUUAUAGGAGCUCGAUAUUUCAACAAGGGUAUAUUGGCAGCAAAUCCAGGGGUUAACAUUAGCAUGAAUUCUGCUAGAGACACCUCGGGGCAUGGGACACACACGUCCUCCACAGUGGCUGGGAAUUAUGUAAAUGAUGCUUCAUUCUUUGGCUAUGCUAAAGGUGUAGCAAGAGGUGUGGCCCCGCGAGCCAAGGUGGCCAUGUACAAGGUCAUCUUUGAUGAAGGACGCUAUGCCUCUGAUGUUCUUGCUGGUAUGGACCGGGCUAUUGCGGACGGUGUUGAUGUAAUUUCGAUUUCAAUGGGAUUCGAUGGAGUACCAUUGUAUGAAGAUCCUAUAGCAAUAGCCUCAUUUGCUGCUAUGGAGAAGGGUGUGGUGGUCUCAUCUUCAGCAGGAAAUGCAGGGCCAUCUUUAGGAACCUUGCACAAUGGAAUUCCUUGGCUCUUGACAGUUGCAGCUGGCACAAUUGAUCGUUCAUUUGCCGGAACUUUAACUCUUGGGAAUGGGGAAACCAUCAUCGGAUGGACCCUCUUCCCAGCUAGUGCUUUGGUAAAAGAUUUGCCGUUAGUUUACAACAAGACUUUUUCAGCAUGCAACUCAACUCGAUUGUUAGCUAAAGCCCAAGCUGAUGCCAUCAUCUUAUGUGACAAGACGGAGUUUGUAUUUGAUCAAAUACGUGCUAUAAGUAAUUCAAAGGUUCGAGGAGCUAUAUUCGUUUCAGAAGAUCCUCAGUUAUUAGAACUUGGUGGCGUGAGUUGUCCAGCUGUUAUUAUUAGCCCCAAGGAUGCACCGAUUGUAAUCAACUAUGUUUCAGCUGAUAAGAAACCUUUAGCAAGCAUCAAGUUCCAACAAACCAUUCUGGGUACAAAACCUGCGCCAGCUGCAGCUUUCUAUACUUCUAGAGGACCUUCACCCAGCUAUCCAGGCAUAUUAAAGCCAGAUGUAAUGGCACCAGGGUCACUGGUUUUGGCUUCUUGGAUUCCAAAUGGCUAUGCAGCCGGAAUUGGUCCAAACUUACUCCUGUCUAGUGACUAUAACAUGAUCUCUGGUACAUCAAUGUCCUGCCCUCAUGUUUCUGGUGUGGCUGCACUCCUUAAAGGGGCACAACCUGAAUGGAGUGCAGCUGCUAUCAGGUCUGCCAUGGUCACCACAGCCAACCCAUUGGACAACACUCAAAAUCCAAUCCGAGACAACGGUGCAAGUAAUUUCACAUUUGCUUCACCUUUAGCCAUGGGGGCUGGCCAAGUUGAUCCUAAUCGAGCACUUGACCCAGGUUUGAUUUAUGACGCUACCCCACAAGACUAUGUGGAUCUCUUAUGUUCUAUGAAUUACACCCGAAAGCAAAUUUUGGUGAUUACGAGAUCAAAGAGUUACAACUGCUCAAAUCCCAAUUCUGAUCUUAAUUAUCCAUCUUUUAUUGUGUUAUACAAUAACAAAACUGCAUCUUAUGUUGAGACAUUUCAGAGGAUUGUAACCAAUGUGGGAGAUGGUGCUGCAAUUUAUAAGGCCAGGGUCGAUGGUCCAACGGGUUCUGUAGUUACGGUCUCACCAGAAACUUUGGUCUUUGAAAAGAAAUAUGAGAAACAGCGCUACAAUCUCACCAUAAAUUACACCAACGACGAUGAACAAAAGGUAUCAUUUGGUGCAGUCGUUUGGAUUGAAGAAAAUGGAAUGCACACUGUUAGGAGCCCGAUUGCAGUUCCAACAAUGGGAUUUGUUAAUGGGGUUUCUCAUCUGUUUCUUUUGGUUAUGACGUUGCUUUUGUUGGUCUUCCAGGCUAACUCAGGUUCAGUUGAGAGAUCAUCCUAUAUAGUCCAUAUGGACAAGGCCCACAUCCCCAAAACUUUCUCCAGCCACCAUGAUUGGUAUUCCUCCAUCAUGGAUUCCUUGAAGUCGUCUGUAAACAUUAUUUCAUCCUCACCAUCUCUUAUUUACUCUUACGACAAUGUUGUUAAUGGUUUCAGUGCCGUUUUAUCUCAAGAGGAACUUGAAACUUUAAAGAAUUACACAAGUUUCAUCUCAGCUUACUCAGAUAAGACUGUAACACUUGACACUACCCACACCAUUGAAUUCCUCUCCCUAAAUACGACAACCGGUCUUUGGCCUGCUUCAAAAUAUGGCGAAGAUGUCAUUGUUGGUGUCAUCGACACUGGUGUCUGGCCGGAGAGUGAUAGCUAUAAAGAUGAUGGCAUGAGUUCGAUUCCGGCCAGGUGGAAGGGUGAAUGUGAAAUUGGACAAGAGUUCAACUCCUCAUUGUGUAAUUCAAAGCUUAUAGGAGCUCGAUAUUUCAACAAGGGUAUAUUGGCAGCAAAUCCAGGAGUUAACAUUAGCAUGAAUUCUGCUAGAGACACCUCGGGGCAUGGGACACACACGUCCUCCACAGUGGCUGGGAAUUAUGUGAAUGAUGCUUCAUUCUUUGGCUAUGCUAAAGGUGUAGCAAGAGGUGUGGCCCCGCGAGCCAAGGUGGCCAUGUACAAGGUCAUCUUUGAUGAAGGACUUUAUGCCUCUGAUGUUCUUGCUGGUAUGGACCGGGCUAUUGCGGACGGUGUUGAUGUAAUUUCGAUUUCAAUGGGAUUCGAUGGAGUACCAUUGUAUGAAGAUCCUAUAGCAAUAGCCUCAUUUGCUGCUAUGGAGAAGGGUGUGGUGGUCUCAUCUUCAGCAGGAAAUGCAGGGCCAUCUUUAGGAACCUUGCACAAUGGAAUUCCUUGGCUCUUGACAGUUGCAGCUGGCACAAUUGAUCGUUCAUUUGCCGGAAUUUUAACUCUUGGGAAUGGGGAAACCAUCAUCGGAUGGACCCUCUUCCCAGCUAGUGCUUUGGUAAAAGAUUUGCCGUUAGUUUACAACAAGACUUUUUCAGCAUGCAACUCAACUCGAUUGUUAGCUAAAGCCCAAGUUGAUGCCAUCAUCUUAUGUGACAAGACGGAGUUUGUAUUUGAUCAAAUACGUGCUAUAAGUAAUUCAAAGGUUCGAGGAGCUAUAUUCGUUUCAGAAGAUCCUCAGUUAUUAGAAAUUGGUCGUGUGAGUUGUCCAGCUGUUAUUAUUAGCCCCAAGGAUGCACCGAUUGUAAUCAACUAUGUUUCAGCUGAUAAGAAAGCUUUAGCAAGCAUCAAGUUCCAACAAACCAUUCUGGGUACAAAGCCUGCGCCAGCUGCAGCUUUCUAUACUUCUAGAGGACCUUCACCCAGCUAUCCAGGCAUAUUAAAGCCAGAUGUAAUGGCACCAGGGUCACGGGUUUUGGCUUCUUGGAUUCCAAAUGGCUAUGCAGCCGGAAUUGGUUCAAACGUACUCCUGUCUAGUGAGUAUAACAUGAUCUCUGGUACAUCAAUGUCCUGCCCUCAUGUUUCUGGUGUGGCUGCACUCCUUAAAGGGGCACAACCUGAAUGGAGUGCGGCUGCUAUCAGGUCUGCCAUGGUCACCACAGCUAACCCAUUGGACAACACUCAAAAUCCAAUCCGAGACAACGGUGCAAGUAAUUUCACAUUUGCUUCACCUUUAGCCAUGGGGGCUGGCCAAGUUGAUCCUAAUCGAGCACUUGACCCAGGUUUGAUUUAUGACGCUACCCCACAAGACUAUGCGGAUCUCUUAUGUUCUAUGAAUUACACCCGAAAGCAAAUUUUGGUGAUUACGAGAUCAAAGAGUUACAACUGCUCAAAUCCCAAUUCUGAUCUUAAUUAUCCUUCUUUUAUUGUGUUAUACAAUAACAAAACUGCAUCUUAUGUUGAGACAUUUCAGAGGAUUGUAACCAAUGUGGGAGAUGGUGCUGCAAUUUAUAAGGCCAGGGUCGAUGCUCCAACGGGUUCUGUAGUUACGGUCUCACCAGAAACGUUGGUCUUUGAAAAGAAAUAUGAGAAACAGCGCUUCAAUCUCACCAUAAAUUACACCAACGACGAUGAACAAAAGGUAUCAUUUGGUGCAGUCGUUUGGAUUGAAGAAAAUGGAAUGCACACUGUUAGGAGCCCGAUUGCAGUUUCACCCCUCGUAAGUAAUUAAGUUAGUCAGUUUGUGGGAUGUUCUUGGAUCAUGGAAUCCAUGGAUGCUAUGUCAUAUAAUUGAGUGAGACUUAAAAUAUCUACUAUAUAAUCGUGAGUACUGGAAUAAUAGACAUCUAAAGGAAUAAAUAUAAAGUUAUUUAAGAAUCUUCUA